AUGUCAAAAGAUAAAUCAAUGAGUGAAGCGAAGGAUGAAAUGACUGCGCAACCAUGUUCGAGCGGUCUGGGACAAUGGGACGAAGAUGGAGAGGACUUCUCAUACAGCUCUUCCGACUGGGUACCAAGCGAUGAGGAAACCGAGUCUUGCGAUUCCGAUGCAGAGACGACGGCGAAAAAAAAGUGCUUGGAACGUUGUAAACGGCAGUAUCCCAGACUGGAUAGUAAGGGUAUCAGUUCUUCGAAUGUAGCCGUCACUGAAUCAAGAAAUGAUCUAAACAGAAACCUUGAGAUAGUAAAGGGAACACAGGCGGUCAUAGAUAAAAUCAAGCAGACUUUGGAAAUGCUGGCAGCAUUACAAGAAGACCGCGGUUUUCGCACAAUUUCGUUGCAGUCUGCAGAAAACGGGGACUCUGCAGAACUGACUUCCUUAAUCGCACCUAAUUUGACGGCAUUUACGGCGGAUAAUGAAUUACAAGGUUCAUCCAACCAGCCGAAUAGGUCAUUAGAUGAGUCCACGAGGAAGAAGAGAGAGAAUAUGGUUUUUAAAAAACCGUAUAAUAAGAAAGGUUUUGUAACUAAUAAGAAUACGGUUGGUGGUGAGAACGUGAAAGAAGAAUGGGUUCCAAUUGGAAGCGGCUUAACGCUGAUACCCCGAGAAAAAUACAAGAGAAUAAACUGGAAGUCCUAUACUAUUGCAACACGAUCAUUGCUGGUGGCUGUAUUUCCCAGAAGGGUUCUAGCGACGCACUCGCUGACCGGUAAAGCGUCACCUGCGUUUCAAGACAAGCCAGCUAAGAUGAGUUUAGAUCAAAGAAAAACUGCCGAUGUGAUCGCAGAAGUUGUGGACAGAUUCAAAGUACGCGAAAAUUUAGUUAGGAGCAUCAUAACAACGAAAUGUGCAGACGAAUGUAAAAUGUGGAAAACCCGAUGUAAGAACACUUCAAAAACCAAAGAGACCACAGACACCGUACAGUGA